AUGGAGGCGUUGGCGAACGCUUACGACACGGUGUUUUAUAAGAGACCUGACGCCCGCGUCAGUGACUGGCUCCUGAUGACGUCACCCUGGCCCCUAGCCCUCAUCAUCGCGGGCUACCUGUUUCUGAUCAAACUGGUACUGCCGGCUCAUAUGAGGAGCCAUCCGCCGUACGAACUGAAGUCUGUCAUCAGAUGCAGAUCGUGGCCAACGCUACCGUCACAUGGGGAG